AUGGCUUCAUUCUGGACCUCGUUACAUCGGUACAGCCCGCUGCAGAAUGGCGAGUCCUCCAACGGCGCCGCCUCGACAGAUACCUCCCUCAGCAAACCUAGUAUCGGCCAGAUCCUCAUGUCGAAACGGGUGCGCUACACGGCAACUGCCCUGGCUGCCCUGGGACUCUUUGCCCUCGCCUUUAGGAACUACGACUCCUUACCGUCCCUCGAGACUCUGCGAGCUGGCGCUGGCGCGGGCGUAGCUCCCUCGAAUCCCAAGUCAGACUGCCCUGUCGCCCAGACGCCCGCCGCGACCGACGACAGCCACAUCAACUGGUCGAGGUUCGCCUAUACCCAAUAUGUCACCAACCAGGCCUACCUUUGCAACUCGCUCAUGAUAUUCGAGACCCUGUACCGCCUGGGUAGCAAGGCCGACCGUGUCAUGAUGUAUCCCGAGAAAAUGAUGGAUCCGGCGGCGACCGAGGCCACGACGGACGAGGGCAAGAUGCUCAUCAAGGCGAGGGACACCUACAAGGUGAAGCUGGUACCCGUUGCCGUUCAACGGAGAUCUGGCGGUGACUCUACUUGGGCCGAGUCGUUCACAAAGCUCCUGGCUUUCAACCAGACGCAGUACGACCGAGUACUGAACGUUGAUUCCGAUGCCACCAUCCUCCAGACUAUGGAUGAGCUGUUCCUGUUGCCGCCGUGCCCUGUGGCCAUGCCCAGGGCCUACUGGCUUUUCCCCAAGGACAAGAUCCUCUCCUCGCAGCUCAUGCUCGUCCAGCCGAGCGCGACCGAGUUCGACCGUGUCAUCAAGAAGAUGGAGAAAUCCGGCAGUAACGAUUACGACAUGGAGAUUGUGAACCAGCUCUACAUCGACCAGGCCAUGAUCCUGCCGCAUCGCCCUUACGAUCUGCUCACCGGCGAGUUCCGUGGCGACAACCACGAGAACUACCUUGGUACCGACCGCGAGGAAUGGGACCCUGUGGCUAUCUUCAACGAAGCCAAGUUCCUGCACUUCUCCGAUUGGCCCGUCCCCAAGCCUUGGAUUCAGAUGUCCGAGUCCGUGCGGAAGGAAAAGCAGCCAAAGUGCGUCGUCAAAGGUGGACAGGAGGACUGCUCGGCAAGGGACUUGUGGAACGGAUUUUACUCCGACUUCACGCAACGCCGCUCGCAAGUGUGUAACACUAGAAACAAGUCCAGGAGGUAA